GUAAAGCAGACAGAGGGAGAGAGAAGUAAAGCAGACAGAGGGAGAGAAGUAAAGCAGACAGAGGGAGAGAGAAGUAAAGCAGACAGAGGGAGAGAAGUAAAGCAGACAGAGGGAGAGAAGUAAAGCAGACAGAGGGAGAGAAUGAGAGCAGACAGAGGGAGAGAAUGAGAGCAGACAGAGGGAGAGAGAAGUAAAGCAGACAGAGGGAGAGAAGUAAAGCAGACAGAGGGAGAGAAGUAAAGCAGACAGAGGGAGAGAAGUAAAGCAGACAGAGGGAGAGAAGUAAAGCAGACAGAGGGAGAGAAGUAAAGCAGACAGAGGGAGAGAAGUAAAGCAGACAGAGGGAGAGAAGUAAAGCAGACAGAGGGAGAGAAGUAAAGCAGACAGAGGGAGAGAAGUAAAGCAGACAGAGGGAGAGAGAAGUAAAGCAGACAGAGGGAGAGAAGUAAAGCAGACAGAGGGAGAGAAUGAGAGCAUGACAACAAAAGGAGGCAGGAGGAUGUAGAAGGGAUACCGUGUGUUUGAGAGGGCUGGGGUGUUUAUGUGUGUCUGUGUGUGUCUGUGUGUGUUUAUGUGUGUCUGUGUGUGUGUUUAUGUGUGUCUGUGUGUGUUUAUGUGUGUUUAUGUGUGUGUCUGUGUGUGUCUGUGUGUGUCUUUGUGUGUGUUUAUGUGUGUUUAUGUGUGUCUGUGUGUGUGUUUAUGUGUGUCUGUGUGUGUGUUUAUGUGUGUCUGUGUGUGUUUAUGUGUGUUUAUGUGUGUGUCUGUGUGUGUCUGUGUGUGUCUUUGUGUGUGUUUAUGUGUGUUUAUGUGUGUGUCUGUGUGUGUCUGUGAGUGUGUGUCUGUGUGUGUUUAUGUGUGUCUGUGUGUGUGUUUAUGUGUGUGACUGUGUGUGUUUAUGUGUGUCUGUGUGUGUGUUUAUGUGUGUGUCUGUGUGUGUUUAUCUGUGUCAAUGUGUGCAUGUGUGUGUUUAUGUGUGUCUGUGAGUGUUUAUGUGUGUCUGUAUGUGUCUGUGUGUGUUUGUGUGUGUCUGUGUGUGUGUGUGUGUGUCUGUUUGUGUUUGUGUGUGUCUAUGUGUGUCUGUGUGUGUUUAUGUGUGUCUGUGUGUGUGUGUAUGUGUGUUUAUGUGUGUCUGUGUGUGUCUGUGUGUGUGUUUAUGUGUGUGUCUGUGUGUGUGUUUAUGUGUGUCUGUGUGUGUGUGUGUGUGUAUGUGUGUGUCUGUGUGUGUUUAUGUGUGUUUAUGUGUGUGUCUGUGUGUGUCUGUGUGUGUCUGUGUGUGUCACGUGUGUGUUUAUGUGUGUUUGUAUGUGUCUGUGUGUGUUCGUGUGUGUCUGUGUGUGGGUGUGUGUGUGUCUGUGUGUGUUUGUGUGUGUCUGUGUGUGUGUGUUUGUGUGUGUCUGUGUGUUUGUGUGUGUCUGUGUGUGUCUGUGUGUGUUUGUGUGUGUCUAUGUGUGUCUGUGUGUGUUUGUGUGUGUCUGUGUGUGUCUGUGUGUGUCACGUGUGUGUUUAUGUGUGUUUGUAUGUGUCUGUGUGUGUUCGUGUGUGUCUGUGUGUGGGUGUGUGUGUGUCUGUGUGUGUUUGUGUGUGUCUGUGUGUGUGUGUUUGUGUGUGUCUGUGUGUUUGUGUGUGUCUGUGUGUGUCUGUGUGUGUUUGUGUGUGUCUGUGUGUGUCUGUGUGUGUCUGUGUGUGUUUGUGUGUGUCUGUGUGUGUCUGUGUGUGUCUGUGUGUGUCUGUGUCUGUUUGUGUGUGUCUGUGUGUGUCUCUGUGUGUUUGUGUGUGUCUGUGUGUGUCUGUGUGUGUCUGUGUGUGUUUGUGUGUGUCUGUGUGUGUCUGUGUGUGUCUGUGUGUGUCACGUGUGCUGAAUACAACAGUUGCAGUAGACCUGUGAAAUGCUUUACUUACAGGCUCUAACCAAUGGUGCGGGGGAAAAAGUGUGUGUGUGUGUGUGUGUUUGUGUUUGUGUGUGUGUGUGUGUGUGUGAGUGUGUGCGUGGGAUAAGAUAUGGGUGAUUUAAAGGUCUCUGGACAGGGAUAAGACAUGGGCGAUUUAAAGGUCUCUGGACAGGGAUAAGACAUGGGGGAUUUAAAGGUCUCUGGACAGGGAUAAGACAUGGGGGAUUUAAAGGUCUCUGGACUCUGGACAGGGAUAAGACGUGGGGGAUUUAAAGGUCUCUAGACAGGGAUAAGACAUGGGGGAUUUAAAGGUCUCUGGACUCUGGACAGGGAUAAGACAUGGGGGAUUUAAAGGUCUCUGGACUCUGGACAGGGAUAAGACAUGGGGAUUUAAAGGUCUCUAGACAGGGAUAAGACAUGGGGGAUUUAAAGGUCUCUGGACAGGGAUAAGACAUGGGGGAUUUAAAGGUCUCUGGACAGGGAUAAGACAUGGGGGAUUUAAAGGUCUCUAGACAGGGAUAAGACAUGUGGGAUUUAAAGGUCUCUGGACAGGGAUAAGACAUGGGGGAUUUAAAGGUCUCUGGACAGGGAUAAGACAUGGGGGAUUUAAAGGUCUCUGGACUCUGGACAAGGAUAAGACAUGGGGGAUUUAAAAGUCUCUGGACAGGGAUAAGACAUGGGGGAUUUAAAAGUCUCUGGACAGGGAUAAGACAUGGGGGAUUUAAAGGUCUCUGGACAGGGAUAAGACAUGGGGGAUUUAAAGGUCUCUGGACUCUGGACAAGGAUAAGACAUGGGGGAUUUAAAAGUCUCUGGACAGGGAUAAGACAUGGGGGAUUUAAAAGUCUCUGGACAGGGAUAAGACAUGGGGGAUUUAAAAGUCUCUGGACAGGGAUAAGACAUGGGGGAUUUAAAGUCUCUGGACAGGGAUAAGACAUGGGGGAUUUAAAAGUCUCUGGACAGGGAUAAGACAUGGGGGAUUUAAAAGUCUCUGGACAGGGAUAAGACAUGGGGGAUUUAAAAGUCUCUGGACAGGGAUAAGACAU